CGGCCGGGCCAGUUAGAUUUGGCGGUUCGACUUCAAGAUGGCCGAAGCGAACAACGCCAAUGUAGACGGCGCUUGUGAGGAAAAAGGGCCUGAGGGGUUGUCUUCGGAAUCUGUGCCACCCGGCACUACCAUUUCGAGGGUGAAGCUCCUCGACACCAUGGUGGACACUUUUCUCCAGAAGCUAGUCGCCGCCGGGAGCUACCAGAGAUUCACUGACUGUUACAAGCGCUUCUACCAGUUGCAGCCUGAGAUGACCCAGCGAAUCUAUGACAAGUUUAUAACUCAGUUGCAAGCAUCUAUUCGGGAGGAAAUCUCUGAAAUCAAAGAGGAAGGGAACCUGGAAGCUGUCUUGAAUGCCUUGGAUAAAAUUGUGGAAGAAGGCAAAGCCCGCAAUGAACCAGCCUGGCGCCCCAGUGGGAUCCCAGAGAAAGACCUGCACAGCGCCAUGGCACCCUACUUCUUGCAGCAACGGGAUACCCUACAGCGCCGUGUGCAGAAGCAGGAGGCCGAGAACCGGCAGCUGGCAGAUGCCGUCGUGGCUGGGCGCAGGCAGGUGGAGGAGCUGCAGCUACAGGUCCAGGCGCGGCAGCAGGCCUGGCAGGCUCUACACAGAGAACAGAGGGAGCUGGUGGCUGUGCUGAGAGAGCCUGAGUGAGGAGAUGGCUGGGCCCAGAAGCAGAGGGCAGGCAAGGUCGAGGGCCUAUGGUCUAGCAUGCUGGGCCUGGGCCUGUCCUCUGAGAACAGCUGAAAUGGUGCCCAGUCCUUAAGCAGUGAUGGAAUUUGCCAGAGGACCAGGCUAGAGCAAGCCCCACUGCCACUGUGCCUUUGGGGCGCCCUUGGGGUUGGUCUCAAACACACCCCUCACCUUCAGAUUCCUCCCUGUUUUCUUCUAACUGGAGGAUUCUUGCCAGCUCCCACCUGGGAAUCAAGCACUAGCUUCUUUCCUCCUGGUUCAGGUCAACUCUGCCAACCCCCUCCUGCUGGUUCCUGAGCCCUCCCUAGGACCUAGCUUGGGGAAUCUGUUUUCAAUCUCCACUGAUUGUCCCCUUGCUGGCCAGCCCAAGGGCUCUUACCACGUUCUCCCCACAUCCGUAAAUAAACUUCCUCCACUACACUGUAA